AUGCCUUCCUCCUCCUCCCUCUACCCGGAACACCGCGUGGUCACCGCAGCCGAACUCAUCGCCGGCAAUGAUGCCAAGGAAACGAGGGCCACGGGCGCCGAGGGCUUCGCCUCGCUCCUGCGCACCCAGGACGAGGUCGACGCGCUCUGCGACAAGUACGGCGUGCCCAAGGAGUUCACCGCGCGGCCCGCCGGCGACCUGCGCGCGAACUCGACGCCGCCGCCGGGGGCCAUCUGCGUGUACGCGCGCGCGCUGGAGGCCGGGAUGCGCGUCCCGCUGCGCGGCUUCUUCCGCGAGGUCCUCGCCCACUUCGGCAUCGCGCCGGCGCAGCUCACGCCCAACGGGUGGCGCUUCAUGGCGGGCUUCCUCGUGCUCUGCGAGUCCGCCGGCGUCCCUCCCUCGGUCGCGGUGUUCCGGCGCUUCUUCCACCUGUCCAUCAUGGACCAAAAGCUCGAGAAAGGGUGGUACUUUUUCCGAUCCAGGCGGGACAUCACAAGCUUGCCGAACGGGGGUUGCAAAACCACCCCGGGCUGGAGACACGAGUUCUUCUUCCUCUCGUCGCCGGAGCCGUGGCCUUGCGCCGUGGAGUGGGGCGAGCCGUCCAACGGCUCCUUCCUCGACCCGGCGCUCACCGUUGAGGAAAACAAAUCGGUGGUGAAGCUGAGCGCUCACGGUGGCGCCGCUGUUGAUCUCAGGAACCUGCUCCCUGCUGGGCGCUGCCGUAUCUGCGCCGUUGUCGAUCUCAGGAACCUGCUCCCUGCUACGUGCCCACGGCGGCGGCGGAGUAACCUUGCUGCCGCAUCCCCGCCGCCGCGGCCUUCUUCGUGUUACAAAGGCAUGGAUCCCUCCGUCCACGACAUGAUGAAGACUAUGCCGGCGGACAAGGUGGCCGCGCAAGCGUCGGCGUCGGCAAAGAAGAGGACUUGGGAGGAAGCCAGCGGCAGGCACGACGGACACACCACAGACUGGGAUGGCGGACGGGAGCUGCUGCAGGAAACCGUCGCGCCGUCGUUGGAGCGCGCGUUCGCGGCGAGCGAGCCUUCCGACGGCGCAGCGAUUCGGCGGGCUGCGAACUGCGUGCUCGAACUUGGGGAGAAGCUGGUGGCCAGGGAGCGCGACGCCGCGGCUCUGCGGGAGCAGCUGGAGGAGGCAAAGGCCGAGCUCGCGGCGGCGAAGUGGGCGGCGGACGUGGAGCUUGAGAAGGCACAGUCCGAGCUCGCUGCGGCGGGAGCGGAGCUGGAGAAGACCAAAGCGGAGCUCGCGGCGGUGGAGGCGGAGGUGGUCAAGACGAAGGCCGAGCUCUCCGCGUCUCUUGUGGAGGCUGAGCUCGCCGCGGCAAAGCAAGCGGCGGAGGCGGUGAAGACGAAGGCCGAGCGCGCUGCGGCCUGGGAGGAGGUGGUGAAGACGAAGGACGAGCUCGCCGCCGCGGAGGCAGAGCUGGUGCAGGCCAAGGCCGAGCUCACCGCGGCGAAGCGCGCCGCGGAGACGGAGCUGGUGAAGACUAAGGCCAAGCUUGCCGCGGUGGAGGCGGAGCUGGAGAGCGCCAAGGCGGCAGCGGUGCAGCAGUUCCUGGCCUCCGAGGAGCAGGUGCGCCAGCGCGCGGAGGACGCGCUGGAGGGGUACAAGCGGUGGCGAGGUCAUCAAGCUCCGGCUGGCCGUGCUGCCUGA